UCGAGCAGAAGCACUGGAGGACAGCACGCACGCUCAAACCAGUUCACGUCGAAGAGCAUCCGAAGAUGACAUGCAUCUGCCCCCAGCGACCCAUUUCCUCCUCUCGCUAAAGCUCAAGGUCCUUCGCCGUUAAUGUCACCGGAAGACACACAGUGGAUUGGGUGAACGCGCGUUCACGAUUAUCAGCUCGGACAAUAUCGUCGCAUAAUGAUGCGCUUCGUUUGAUGUCUGCGAAGCUGUCUGAACACGAAUAUAUUUGUCAGUUAGUCUGGUUUCCUGACUACAUACCAGCAGCUCUCUUCAGUCUUCCUUGAUAGAGGAAAUUGGAUAAGGAUGGAUCCAGAGCAGCAGAUUCAAAGCCAGUGCCAGACUAAUGAUCUGGCAUCAUCUGCACAAGCAGAAGGACCAGCAGAUCCAUCCUCCACAUCUUCUCCGGCUCCAGCCAGGCCACGCCGGCCCCAGAGAAGCCCACGAGUGGAAGGAUCUUUUGAGGUAUCGGAGCUCAGACCUCCAGAGUCUGCUGAAGCGCAGCCACUGAGCAGCUCCAGUCAGCCCUCGGAGCUCAGUGUUGAUCAUGGACAUGAACACAAGCUUUUAGGACACGCUGCAGUGUCCCGGAGCCACAUGGCAAUGAGGGCCGCCUCUCUUCCUCAGACCCCGUCUUACAGACCCCCACUGUCUGAUGCCCCCCUGCAGCCGCAGAGAGCCCUGUCCGUCGCUGGGACCGCCGACACUCAGACGCAGCUGCUGGAGGAUUUCAGGGUGCACAUUAUCACGUGGAACGUGGGCUCAGCCAUGCCUCCGGAAGACAUCACUUCAUUACUGGGGCUCAAUGUUGGCGAUGGGAACACAGACAUGUAUAUUAUAGGCUUACAGGAAGUGAACUCUAUGAUCAACAAAAGACUGAAAGAUGUUCUUUUCACUGACCAGUGGAGCGAGGUCUGCAUAGACGCUCUCAGCCCCUUUGGAUAUGUACUGGUCACCUCUCAGAGGAUGCAGGGAAUGCUGCUGCUGGUCUUCUCCAAGUACUUCCACCUGCCGUUCCUGAGAGGCAUUCAGACACAGACCACUCGCACCGGCCUCGGUGGGAUCUGGGGAAAUAAAGGAGGCGUCAGCGCUCGCAUGAACGUGUUCGGCCACUCGAUCUGUUUCUUGAACUGUCAUCUGCCCGCACACAUGGAGAACUCAGACCAGCGCAUGGAGGACUUCGAAAGCAUCCUUCAGCAGCAGCAGUUUGAAGUACAAGCUGCUACAGGCGUCCUGGAUCACGAUGUGGUUUUCUGGUUUGGAGACCUGAACUUCCGAAUCGAGGACCUGGACAUGCAAGUUGUGAAAGCAGCCAUUGACAGUAACAAACUGUCCACAUUAUGGGAAAAAGACCAGCUGAAUAUAGCUAAAGACAGUGAGACUGUGCUUGAAGGCUUUCACGAGGGGCCGCUUAAAUUCCCUCCCACGUAUAAGUUUGAUGUGGGCACAGACACGUAUGAUACCAGUGGUAAGAAGCGUAAGCCAGCGUGGACGGAUCGCAUACUCUGGCGGUUGAGGCCGAUGGCUCCGGUCAGCACCAGCGCAUCGAAGCGCAGCUCCUUCUCAGGUCUAAGCAGCAGAACCAGUGUGUCGCAGCAUUUUUACCGCAGUCACACGGAGUACACCAUCAGUGACCACAAGCCCGUCUCCUCUAUGUUCACUCUGCAGUUCCCAUGUAAGGCGGACAUGCCUUUGGUAAUGCUCUCUGUGGAGGACGAAUGGAGAGAGGUAUCAGAUGCAGUGGCCAAAUUCAAGGUGGCACCCAACUUUCCCCGAAGCUCUUGGGACUGGAUUGGACUUUACAAGGUUGGGUUUAAACAUCAUAAAGAUUAUGUGACUUACGUUUGGGCCAAGCAGGAAGAGUCUGAUUUCCUGAGACAGGAGCACGAAGUGAUUUUUACCGAGGAAGAAUUGCCAAAGGAUUCAGGGGACUUCAUACUGGGUUAUUACAGCAACAAUAUGAGCUCCAUUGUGGGCGUCACCGAGCCAUUCCAGAUCCAACUGCCGGUGUCCAGCGCAGCCGGUCUGAGUCCGUCUGACAGCUCUGACUUCACGUCUGAUGAUGAGCUGAAGAAGAGCGACUCCUGUGACUCUGAAGAGCAGCAGAGCAGCAGCUGGAGCUCCAGACGAGCCCGAGAGCUGACGGCUGACCCCCACGAACCGCACGCCAAACUCUCCUCUGCACCGUCCAGCUCCAGCAGGUCCUCAGACGCCCCCGUCGCUGCGGAGGACACCUCGAACUCAGCCCAACCAGAGGAACCUUAGCUAAGCACAGCACCGUCUCUGGAGGAAGAUUGGUGGGGUUUCAGGGUUUCUGCUGGGUCUGUGAUGUCGAUGUACGUGUGAUGUUGUCUUGUAUGUUGCAGGGCAGAAAUAAGCGUUCCCUUCAACAAACACAAGAGGGCAGACUAAAUUGUUUGUGCCUGUUCUGUGUAGUCAUUCUAUUCAUAUUCUUCUUCUCCUGAUCCUCUCAAACUGCACAAGACUAAACCUGACACACUAAGAAAUAAUCUUAGGUAUACAGUACAUGUUAAUUGAUUCAUAUGGAUUUCUUCCAUCUGGUUCUUAUUGGAUUUAUUGGAGCAGAUCCCUUUAAGUUUUCCAGUGCUCUGUUGUGAACAUUAGUUGAGCUGUAAGCUAUGUUUCUAUCCAAAUUUGCUAAUUUAACUUAUGUGCAAAAUUGGAAUAUCGCAUAAAACAUUAAUGAAUAUAGCACUGUUUCCAUCCAGCGUGACAAAGAGAACAAAAUCGUCACUUCCUGAUGAAGUGGAACCAAAUAUCACUAAGAAAAAAGUAAUUUUCUGCAAUUCGAGAAGCCUCUGUCUUUUUUUUUAUAUGAUAAAAUGUGUCUCAGAGCAUGCAGACAGAAUGCAAUGAAUGCAGUCAUGCAUUUGAAGGCCGAUGUCUGCUGUUUGGAAAUGCAAUUGUGAAAAUGUUCUGACGACAGACUUUUUGUGCAAGGUCACAUGACUUUUUUGAUGCACAUCAGUGUAUCUAAUCUGCAAAUUGAUCUCAGUCGUAGUUAAUAUAUACAAAAAUGUAUCUGCUUCAACAGAGCACUUACAUUUUUAUGCACAUUUUUGGAAUUUAUGCUCAUCCUGGCGUUUUUAAUGAGAUAUCCCAAAAUGCGCAUUAAAAAUAGGUGGAUGGAAACAUAGCUGUAGAUUCAGUCCAGACUCCUAGAUUUGAUGCUGUCUGGAAAGAUAUCUGUCUUUGGCACAGCAACCCCUCAAAGAAAAGAGAAAUCCCUUAAUGCACUCUAAAAAUAUUUUUACAAAUCUGAAAAAUAGCUCUGUCUCAUUGACUAUUUCAGGCAAUAAUUAUGUGUGCUACAUAAUGGUUCUACAUCAGAGUAACCUGACCCUGUCUGAGGGAAUCAGCUGCAUGCAUUAGUCAGGCUGCUCUUGUGAAGUGGUGCAUUAACAGACUUACAUUUGGCUUAGGAUGCUGCCUUGUUAGGUAGAGAGUAGAGAGCGAGGCAGUUCACUAGGCUCAUGACUUUAAAGUGUGCUGCCAUAGAAGACGUCUGCUAAAGGCUGAUAACUAGAUAAUAAGGUGUUUGACAAUAUUCACAUGCUCUGAAAAUGCAAAUAUGUUCUCUCCUCAGGUUCACACAUGAAGGGAUGACUCUUAGCAAACGCAGCACUCUGUGAAGUACAGUUUGUAUAUUAUUCAUGUGGAUUACCGUCUUAACCAACUCUUAGCGUUUUACGAUAUUAUAGGACAGUGAAGAUAUCUGACGCUCUCAAAGUAGUGACUGCUGUGCCGUCAUGUUCCUGUGGUAAAUGUUCUCGAAAAUCAUUUCAAAGUUAUGACCUGCUUGUUUAAAGUCAACAUGAAAUGCAGUUCACAAACCAAAUUUGCAUCAUGUAUUUCAGAGCAAAACAGGAAAGUCAGCCAAAAGAAAUCCAGGACGUUGUCGACUAGUGCUUUGUGACAUCAACUGAAAAAGAAACGUAUAUCAGAUGGAAGAAUAUAAAGACACAUUUUUUUAUAUAACGUUCAUGAACCCUGCACUAAAAACGUAUUUUGUUUAAAAACUCAAGAUGCAGGACAGUGUCAUGCAUGAGAAGCUGCACAAGGUCAAAAACAUCUGUGCAUGUUUACAUACAAAAACACUGGAAAAGAAACGCAGCGGGAUGCUAAAACGCAUUCUGUGUGAACAGCCCUCUUUUGGAACUUUCUACAAACUUUUUAAUACAAUUUGAUGGAAGAAUAAAAAAAACAAAACCUUUUUUUAUGUUGCAUUCAACCAGUGACUUUUGCACUAUAAGGACUGGUUCAAAGAAAGUGGUUCUGCUUUUUAAAACAGUGGCAUGAAAAAUAAAAACGCAAGGUCUGGAGACAUGAAUAACUUCUAACUUCAGUGCUAUGUGUUUAUGUGAGAUGCAGCAAAAAGAUGCAUUGGUCAGAAAUGUCAGUCUAGGGCAGGUUUAUGUAGAAAAAACAUUGGAAAAGAAGAGCAGAGGAAUGCAAAACGCAUUCUGUGUGAACAGCCUCUUAAGGGGCAUUCAUGCUUGAAUCGAAGGAGCUGCCAAAUCGCUGUGCUGUUAGAUGCUAGGCGUUCCUGUAUUAUCCAAUUUUAACAGACAUUGCAACAUAAUGUUGCUGCAUAUUUGCAUAAAGUUAAACUGUGUUCAACUUUGUUGCAUAGACAGUGUUUUCGCCAAGACUUUGUCAGUGCAACACUGUCAGUAUGAACACCUCUAUAAACCAGAAUUGUGCUUUGAGAAAGCAAACAGCAUCAGUUUCAUGACCUCAUGUUGACUUUAAACAGAGAUUGCAUGGUUUCUAUCUGAUCUCUAGUCUGAUUUGUGUCUAGUAUUGUAUCAUGACUGUACUUGUGGUAGCGAUCCUAGUGUAUGUGUUGUGUAGGGCUUUCUUCUACAUGGUAAGAUCUCUCGUCCCCUUCUCUUCUCUCAUUCCUCAUCUUGUCUUUUGUCUUCGGGGUCACAGUAUCUGUUUUGACGUCGUCUACAGGGCUCUACUAAGUGCUCCGAUAUCGUAGUCUAUUGGAUUAGUAGUUUGUAACCCAUAGAAAUGUUCGUACAAUGACUACUUAGCCUUAGGACACGUGGCGUGCCGUCUCACUGUUUACAUGGUUAGCUGAGUGAGAGUAAGCGUGUCAGUGUCAGUUUUCUGCAUGAACGUGUCAAGGGUAAUCACAGUAUCGUGUGGCCUGCCACCUUUCAAUAUUGUCGAGGAGUCGAGAAGCGAUGGGAGACAUUCAAGACAGUUGUUCUUUGACAUUCAACACUUUUUUUAACAACUCUUUGUAGUUCGCUGUUGGAGUAUGUUUGGAAAUCACAAUCAGGCAUUCUGGAAUAAGAUGCUUUUUAUUAGAAAAACUAUAAAUUAAAAGUCUCUAGCUAGAAAACCGCUUUCUUUUGACUAAACUGGAAGCAGCUCAAUUCUUGAUAUUUGUAAUGUGUUUCAGGUAUGUGGUCUCUAUUUUCUGCACACUUCUCAAGGCUGAUCCUGUGUAUGUUUUAACAUGGUUCAUGUAAAGCACAGAAAGCGUGUUUAUUAGUGGUGCUUGCUAAUGCAAUGAUCACUUUUAGGGUUGGUAUUUUGAACAAACCCUUGUCUUUGGUACAGAACUCUAUUCACACUCUUUGAAAACGAAUGGCACCACAUUAGGAUAAGUGCUAUUUAUUAACAGUUUUUUAUGAUCAGACUCAUUGAUUUUCCCUAUCAGUGGUAAUAGAGCAUCAUAUCAAUGGCCAAGCAUCCACUAAACAGUGAGUUUUGCACAGAGAUGUUUUAUUGAAACCUAGUUUCAUUAGCAACGCUUAAAGUUGACAAAAGAAACCAAAACCAGGAUCAGGCCUGUUGAUACUCGUUAUAUUUUUAUACUCCAUUAACCAUAUGAAAUUUGAAAGCUAAUAUGAAUAAGAUGCAGUAUUGGAAAAUAAAUUCUCAUUUCAAAGCCAAAUAAAUGUUUGGCAAGUGCGAGUGUAUGAUACUUUGAAUCAUUUUGGUUGGAUAAUUAAUUUUUAAGAUUAUUUUAUUCUGAAAAAUUAUUACAUAAGCAUGCAAAAGGAAUGUUACUGGAUGAAAAGAUUAUUAUUAUUAGAUGAAAUGUGAUGUAGAACAGAUGACAAUCAGUGCCAAAACAGAGAAGAGGCUUUAUUUAAGAUUAUAUUUAUUUUCUUAUUCAUGAUAUUAUGUGCAUAUUAGAUUCUGCUGGUCAGCGUGCUUAGAAAUCAUCAUAAAGAAGGUGAUUUAUGAUUAUAUUGAAAAUAUGAAUUUAUAUAUUUUUUUUCAGGUCUGUGUCUUUAUUGUUCAUUAAAGCAAAUGUCACUGGCCGUUUGCUUCAUAUUCACCCUGAUUAUGAUGAAACACUUGUAUGGAGCAGAAUGCACUGUUUGGUAGGCUUGCGAAUCGUUUUUCUCGGUUGUUGUUGUAUAAUGUGUCUUACCUUAGACCACUGUCAAACAUCGGUGUCAAAAUGAAAAUAAAUCCUUUUGAAAGUGGAA